AUGUCGUCUCCGCUAGAUUUUCCCCGACACAUGCGCAGCCCCGGCGACGACGGCUACAGAACCCCGACAAUAGAGGACGCUGAGCGGACCCUCUCGAUUCUCGGCGUGGCGGACAGCCCCAGCAGCCAAGUCCACACCUCCGCACUAGAAGCUGCCUGGCAUAACAAAGUCGAGUCGCGGGCAGCGGACAGACAGGCCGCAAGCAAUAAAGAGUUGGCGCAUUGUUUAGAUCAUGAUGGUUCGAAUCUGCGCCGCUGGACGACAGAUGCGUCGGCCACGACGCUGAGUUGGAAAAAACGCAUUCGCCAUGUUACUUGGGCUUAUUUUACCAUGACGAUGGCGACGGGUGGGCUGGCGAAUGUAUUAUAUCAAGUUCCAUAUCGCUUUAGAGGGCUAGAUACGAUCGGCGUUGUGGUCUUUUUGAUUAAUGUGGCAUUGUAUCUUUUCAUAUGGGGCUUGUUGAUUGCGAGAUUCUAUCACUACCCUUAUACAUUCAAGGCCUCCUUUCUUCAUCCGACCGAGUCCCUCUUUGUACCUGCAUCUGUUGUCUCUUUCGGCACUAUCUUGAUCAACAUCUCGCAAUAUGGUCCAGAGAAAGCAGGGCCGUGGUUAAUCCAGGCUGUCGGGAUAUUGUUCUGGAUCGACGCUGCUCUUGCUGUCAUCCUAUCUGCCGGGAUCUAUCUGCUGCUAUGGUCCACGCAAACAUUUACCAUCGCCCAGAUGACACCGAUCUGGAUCUUUCCCGCAUACCCCAUGCUCAUCAUCGGUCCCCACGCUGGUAUUCUGAGUGCAAAACUGAAUCCGGAAAGCUCCCUGCGGAUCAUCAUUGGAGGGACUACUAUCCAAGGAGUCGGGUUCUUGGUGUCGAUGAUGGUCUAUUCCGCCUUCAUCUAUCGUCUCAUGACGCAGAAACUCCCCAAGGAAAAUAUCCGCCCUGGAAUGUUCGUGUCGGUCGGACCAAGUGGGUUUACUGUCGCGGGUAUUGUCAACAUGGCUGCCGAGGCAAAGCGUGCAUUUCCGGCUGAUUUCAUGGGUAAUGGGCCUUUGGCUGCGGAUGUUCUGCGAGUGGUGGUAGACUUUGUCUCUCUUUGGCUUUGGGGAUUAGCCAUUUUCUUCUUCAUCAUUGCUAGUGCAGCCCACUGGUCGGCCAUUGGCCCGGGGAGGAUGUUCUUCUCGAUGACCUGGUUUUCGUUCAUUUUCCCCAACACCGCAUUGAUUACAGCGACCUUUGCCAUUGGAAAAGCCUUCUCUUGCAAAGCAAUCAACAUUAUUGGUUGCGCGGCAAUAUUCCCGUUGCUCGUCAUGUACUUUUUUGUUUGCUACAUGAUGAUUCGUGCCAUCCUGCACCACCAGAUCCUCUGGCCGCAGAAAGGCGAAGAUCGAGACGAGGGAGGAUUCGAGAUUCACCAUAUCAAACCCGAUGCGGAAACUUCAGAGACGGAUCGGUUUGUUUAA